GGGGACAUCAGGGAUAACGAACAGAAGAUAAUCUGGAACCUCCAUAACAUAAUGCGAGAGGACCCGUGUCGUCAUUUUGCAUAUGGUAUCACGAUUGAGAACACGAACCUGAGACUGUGGUUGAGCAAUCGUGCUUUCCUUGUGGUUACUGAGCCUAUCGACUUCCUCAGUGACUUCGACAAUGUCAUCUCCCUCUUUUACUCAUUUGGAUCCAUCACUGACGUGGGUCUUGGAUGGGAUCCCACUAUUGAGCGCAUCUCGAUCCAGGAUGAAACCCGUUACAGGUUCUCUCUUCAUCACAAGGAUCGGCUCAUGACGUUUACCACGACACGGCCAAUAGCGACUUAUGGCGCUGACUCUAUGGUUGGCCGUGGAACUUGCGUAUAUGAGGCACGCGAUAACGAUACUGGAAAGAAGGUUGCUUUAAAAGACUCGUGGAGAGAUUUUGACCGUGAUACAGAGGGCGCCAUAUUAGAGCAGAUUCUGCUGGCUAUUUGGCAAGAGUUUGCAAAUGAAGCAGCAGAAGC